UGCCCCCAGGCUGAUUCGGAACCGCUUUGCGACGGGCUUUGCUGACAGACGAGUAAUCAGGACAGUUUGAAAAAGCCAAAGUGUUUAAAUUUUCACACAUGCGCAUUGCGCCUCCUUCGAGCCUGCGGGUUGCGUGGUUGGUGCGCAUGCGCGGCUGGAGGCGGCGAGCAAUGGCGGCGGGAGGUCGCGGAGCGCGGGAACUGGGUUUGUCAGCCGCCUGGACCCGGCUGAGCGUCGGUCUGGGACCCGGCUCCCUCGGAAUGGAAGCUUCUGGAUUGGAAAGUCAUGAAUUUCUGGAGGAUGAACUACGAGCUGCAUUGGAAAUUUUGCGAGGCUACGGUUUGCACACGGUGCUCGUGGAAUGGUUCAUGGAGGUGCUGCAGGUAGAGCUUCAGGGGAAGGUUGCAGCAGAGUUCUGGGACUUCCUUACACAAAGGGAGAACAUGGUGACAGAACAACAGCGCUCGAAGCUCCUGCACGAUGCUUUUUGUAUGUUAAAUCAAAGGCUAGCACCAUAUCUACGUAGCCUGAAGUAUUUGGAGAUUUGGCAUGAAGAAGGACUGAUUAACACUGUAGGACCUGGAACACUAAGGGACAAAGUCUGCAACAUGGUUAAAGCUGUGUUAUUCUUCUCGAGUGUUCAACCCUUCCAGGAGAUUAUACAUGAGUUUUAUACUCGUGCUUUCAGUAUCUAUGUACACCGUGACAAGAGUCUGCGGAAUAGAGAUAGUUUGAGUGAAGAAGAUGAUGAAGGAACUGUGGAUGAAAUGGAACUGAUGACAUGUGCAGGCUGCUGUUCAGAGAAAGAGAACUGCUGGUGUGGCACUGCAAUGGAACAGUUCACACAAGUCAAUCAUAUAUUACACUCACUGAACCUAUUGGAACGCAUCAGUGCUGAUGCCAUCACCACCAUCCUGCACAAGAUGAUAGAGGAGCACGUGGGCAGAUUGUGUCGUGGAGAGUAUGAAAAUUCCUUUCUGUCUCAGCUUGAGGAGUGGUUGGAGUCAAAGGUCAUUUGUUGGCUGAGCAUGGUGUUCCUGCAGAAGGCCAGCAUUAAAUCAGCUUCUCCUCAGACAAGCAACACACUGCAACGCUGGAGAAUACAUCUGCAGUUUUUCCUCUAUCAAGUUUAUGCUAACAUGAGGAUUGAGGAACUCUUCAGCAUCAUUCGAGACUUCCCAGAAUCCAAGGCUGCACUACAGGACCUGAAAGUUUGUCUUGAAAGGACCAACCAGAGACAGCAAUUGCUUUCAUCACUGAAAAUGGCCCUUGAGACCAGGCUUCUCCAUCCAGGAGUGAAUACUGCUGAUGUGAUAACAUUGUACAUUUCUGCCAUCAAAGCCCUUCGUGAGUUGGACCCAUCCAUGGUUAUUUUGGAAGUGGUAUGCGAGCCAGUACGCAAGUAUCUGAGGACUCGUGAAGAUACUGUGAGACAGAUAGUAGCAGGUCUGACUGAUGAUUCAGAGGGUUCCAGUGAUCUGGCGAAUGAACUGUCCAAAGCAGAUCCGAUCACCCUGGAGCACGGACAAGAUAGCGAUGAUGACAUGUCUGAUCCAGAGGACUGGCUUCCUGAUCCUGUUGAUGCAGAUCCAGGUAAAUCCGGUUCUAAGCGAAGGUCUUCUGAUAUUAUCACCUUGUUGGUCAGCAUUUAUGGCAGCAAAGAGCUUUUUAUCAAUGAAUAUCGCACUCUCCUGGCUGACCGAAUACUCCAUCAUUUCAGCUAUAUCACUUGCAGGGAGAUACGAAACCUGGAGUUACUGAAGCUACGCUUUGGAGAGGCACAGAUGCACUUCUGUGAAGUCAUGUUAAAGGAUGUAGCUGAUUCUCGACGCAUAAACAGCCAUAUUCAUGAGGAGGAACAAGAGGGUCCCUUACACCUGAAUGCAAUGAUACUAUCUGGUGAGUUUUGGCCUCCAUUGAAAGAGGAGAAACUAGAGCUCCCCCCUGAAGUGAAGGAAGCAAUGGAUGCUUAUACCAAGAAGUAUGAGAAGUUGAAAGCCAUGAGAUCUUUGAACUGGAAACCUCACUUGGGAAAUGCUGAUCUGGAGAUUGAGCUAGCAGAUCGAACGUUGUCUGUGUCUGUUUCCCCUGUCCAUGCCGCCAUUAUUAUGCACUUCCAACAGAAAAGUACGUGGACUCUGGAUGAACUCAGUGAUGUACUCAAAGUUCCACUCAUUGCUCUGAGAAGGAAAAUUGCACUUUGGCAGCAACAGGGAGUCCUGAAAGAAGAUCCUGCAGACACAUUUACAGUGAUUGAGGAGGAACAGAAGGACCAACAGGAGAAAAUGGUUUUGAUCGAUAGUGAUGAGGAGGGAGAUUCUGCCAUGGCUUCCCAAGCUGACCAGAAGGAGGAGGAAUUGCAGCUUUUCUGGACCUACAUCCAGGGCAUGCUGACAAAUCUUGAGAGCUUACCACUGGAGCGUAUUCACACUAUGCUCAAGAUGUUUGUAAUGACGGGGCCAGUAUUGACUGAAAUUGACAUGCAGGAGCUUCAGGCGUUCUUACAGAAGAAAGUGAAGGAUCACCAGCUAGUCUACUCUGGUGGAGUGUACCGCCUUCCUAAAUCUAACUGCUGAGCCUAGGGCUCAUGCACAAAAAAAGAACAGACAGAAGGAAUUGGUUUUUGAACUUCUGACUCGUGUCUUCUGUGACCUAUAAAGAAGCUUUAUUUGGAAGAAGAAUUCGGCAUUCUGCUGUAGAUUAUUGGAGCAACUGCAAGAUAUCUGGAAGCUCCAGACUUCGAUCUUGCUACCCUGGAUUCACUUCGGUUCUUUAACCAAAAUCUGUGGCAGAAAUGUGCUCAAAGAUGUGUUUGGGGAAUGAGUUAAAGUAGAUUAACGUCAACUAUAUGAAUCUGAACCUUUUGGUCAAUAUCAUUCCACAGAUGCACGAGGAAGAUUAUCCAGCAGUAAUUACCAUCACUUACCUGUGCCUGUGAGAAACCAGAUUAUCUUCACAUACAUCCCAUGAUCAUUUUGUGAAAAGCAAAGUUGCUAAUCACAGAUGUGUCAAUAGAAGUUGGCUUUGCUUAUUCUUUAAAUGUUAUGUCUGUUACCUUGUGCAAUGCCAAGCUUCAGUUUAGAACUUCUAAAGAUACUUGCCUAAAUUCUGGCUUAAUGCUCAGCCUGUGGAAUGAAUGAUUCCUCUGUGUUUGUAUUUAACUUCUCUGAUCAUGAAACUGUUUUGGUAAGAGGAUAGACUUUCAUCUGCUGGAGUGCAUUAUCUUCUAAAUUAGGGAAACAGUCCAAGUUUCCAGGUCCAGGUCUGUAAUAAGGUCACCUUUUAAUGAAUGGAGUAACCUAAACUCCAUGCUUAAGGACUAUUGAGCAAUUCUCCAUUUUACCCACUUGUAGUGUUCAAUCGGGCAGGGUAAUUUCAACAAAUGGAGAAAAUAAAAUUCAGUUUCCUGCUUGAGUAACUUAUGUUUUAAAGGACACAUAACUGUCUAACUCUUGUAUGAAAUGCUUUCACUAACUGUGGGGUGGCAUAACAGAAAGGUAUUGAAUGUGUCAUGGGCAGGAACUGCUCUUUGCCUCUGUGUGGGAAUGCUUACUUCAGCAGAACCAUCCAUGUGGCCACAGUUACUCUGACACUUGUGCUUUGUUUCUCAAAGCUGAUAACUAUAACCUGCACUCAUCAGAGCUACAGCAGUAAUGUGCUGUGAAUGUUGAGUAUAUAAUCACUAAUAGAGUUUGAAUGUGAAUGUUUCAGAACAGGUGUACUAUCUGAGGAAGUUGCAAUCCUGGUUACCUGGAUUGUAUAAUAAAGAUAAUUGUAUUUACUUUGA